AUGGAUAUCUUCCUUAUCCUUCAAUUCCGCGUCGGCGUAUCAGAGUGGGCUGCUGUCGAGUCUGAGAUCCUCGCCGCCCGUGGAGCCGCUGCCACCGCCACCGCUGACCUUGCCGCUGCGCUGAAUAGUCUGCAGCUUGUGGGCCCCCUUCGGGGUCCUGCUGGUGCACGCGUUUCCCCCAUGGAACAGCGGAGCGGACUCAUGCUUGGUUCCCAGCAACUCAAGGAUGCUGCUAGUACCUUCGAAGAAGCAGCUGAGAAGCUCCGCGCUGCCCUCGCUAUGAUAACUGGCUCCUGA